GAAUAAGUGGAAUGGAAGAGCGAAGCGACAUUGGGAACGGUAGGUAAUGGCUGCAUCAAAAUUAACCUUCAAUUUUCUUCUGCUCAAUUUCCUUGCCAGCCUUCGCAUCCCAGAAAUCUCCCUAUGUGAUCGCUCUAGACAGCCAAAAAGACAUGUUGCUAUGUUCAUAUUUGGAGAUUCAAUCUUUGAUGCAGGAAACAAUAACUAUAUCAAUCUCAGCGUUUCGGAUAGAGCAAAUUAUUGGCCAUAUGGAGAAACCUUCUUCCACUUUCCUACUGGGAGAUUCACCGAUGGCCGUCUCAUUGUCGACCUCAUCGCAACAAAGAUAGGUCAACCGUUCGUCCCCCCAUAUUUACAACCUGGUAUUAAUUUCACUAAUGGAGUAAAUUUCGCAAGUGGUGGAGCUGGUGUCUUUUAUGAAACUGAUCCUAAAGUGAUUAGUCUUGGCAUGCAACUUAGCAACUUCAAGAACGUGGCCAUUUCGAUGGAGGAGCAGCUUGGGGACAAAGAGGCAAAUAAACGGCUGAGCCACGCAGUCUAUGCGACUUGUGUUGGAGGCAAUGAUUACUCUCAUUUUGUUGAUAAUUACCCCAAUGCUACUCAGCUGGAGCAAGAUGAAUUUGUGAAGAAUUUGGUGGGUAACUUGACAGAUUUUGUAAAGGAAUUGUACACUUUUGGAGCAAGGAAAUUUGCUAUUUUAAAUGUAGGGCCAAGAGGUUGCCUGCCAGCCAUAAGACAAAGCAAAGAACUCCGUGGUGAUGAAUGUGAUGAAGUAUCAUUAGACAUGAUAAAGAAGCAUAACAGUGCUGCAUCUAAAGCCAUCAAGGAAUUGGAAAGCAAACUUUCAGGAUUCAAAUACUCAAUUCUAGACUUCUAUACCAUCCUUUAUGAUAUGAUAAAGGACCCAAAGGCUUACGAUGCCAUCUUCCUAGCUUGACCGACCACAAGCAAAGAUGUUCGCGUCUGGAGUCUGCCUGGAAUCUGGAUUUGCUGCUUGGAAUCUGCCUCUGGUUGCCGAUUUAACGAUGCUGCAAAUCCUUCCACAAGGACUCGUUCCACUGACCUUGCUCCUGGAAUUUCUUCUGACGUGACUUUGCGGGGAGUUUCUGCUUGCUUCUGCCGCGCCUUUGCUGCUCUAUAGCACGUAAUCAUUUCUUAAUCUACUAACUUGGUUCUCAUCAAAUUAAUGAACAGGGCACCACGUCUUCGUCUUUUUUAUUAUGAACUAAACCCAUGUCUUCUAAACUGGAUCUUGUCAUCACGAGUUCUUGAUUGGAUCUUUCGAAGCUUGAAUAUGGAAAAAUCCCAUCAUCAACUUUGAUAUUUAGCAUACGAGAAAACACAUCACUGAAAGAUGUCCUCCUACUUACGAAGCAACGAAUAACAUCUAAUCUUUGCUUUUCAGCAGUGGCUUUGUCAAGGUGACUA